AUGCAGUGCCUUGAGCUCCAGCGCGCGCUCAGCUGUUGUCCAGCCCGCAGCGCAGCCUGGGGUGCUCCCCCCUGGCCCAGUGUCGCGAUAAUGGUUUGGCCCAUGGAGUUGACAAAGAAUGAAUGUCUACAUACAGAUGAAUGGCAUGCUGGUGGUUACACGACAGCAGACACAUCCCCUCUUCUCUCUGUCAUCGAGAUGCCGAUAACGAGCAUCCACGCCCAAAAGCGAGCGCACAUGCACUACGGCCCUAGUCGAUCGAAGCCCAUCGGCAUUGGCGCAGCCUCCAACACUGUCGUAUCAUGUCUCAGCGUUCGGCCAGAUUUGACAGCCAUACGGCACUUUCCUAUCCUUUUCUUUUCUGAAACCUGCAUAUACAUCACAUCCAGAGACGAAGAUCACACAGCGGGCAGUAGCAUCUCUCAGUUUGGGCACUCAUACCCCAGUCUCGUUUUAGCCCGGGAAUAG